CAAUCAGAACAACCAUUUUCAGGUUUGUACAUAAUGGAGGCUGUCACUAACACAUUUGAAAGUGUAAAAGCGGCGAUCUUAUCAGCUCAUGAAAGCACCACAUCAGUAGAAAAAGUCAACUUCUACAACUCCUGGGCAGAGAACUAUGAUCAGGAUGUGGCUCUUCUGGACUACCGUGCACCAAGUCUGGCAGCAAAAAUCAUCUCCUCCCAUUUCAGCAGUGAUCGUGAAGCAGCUGUAGUGUUGGACGUGGCCUGUGGUACAGGACUGGCGGCCAAACGGAUGAAAAGACAUGGAUUUGGACAUUUUAUGGGCAUCGAUGGAAGCGAGGCUAUGUUGAAGUUGGCCAGAGAAAGUGGGUUGUACCAGGACCUGAAACAGUUCUUGCUGGGAGAGGGGCCGCUGCCUGUCCAGUGGGGUGUGUUUGAUGUGGUUAUGAUCAUUGGAGCACUGAGUGUUGGUCAUGUCCCUGUUGAUGUCGUCAGAGAGUUGUGCAAGUCCACCAAACCAGGUGGUUACAUUUGCAUGACAACCAGAAGUAACCAUGACAAUGUGGAAUACAAAGCGGCCCUGGAGCGUGAGCUCAAGCAGAUGGAGGACGAAGGGCUCUGGACUUGUGUAGAGGUGGCUGAGGUGAAAGACUGGGAGAGAGCGGUGUCACAGCAGGAGGACGGAUACAUAUCUGGAGCCGUGUACCUCUAUAAGAAACUAAAGCUUUAGCAUGUUGCACAUCAAUGUAGAUGCAACAUCGCAGCAGCAAAGGUACAAAACAACUUUAGAAGAUACAAAAUAUAAAAAUAAUUCACUUUACUCAUUAUAAAACAAGUGUUCCUUUUUAAAUGAACAGUAUUACAGGUCAGGGAGCACAAAUGUCAGUGACGUUCAAACUGGAAAAGUGGUGAAAUAAAGCACUCUCUAAACAGUAUGCAUACUAAAUCCUUAUUUUUGAGUGUAAUACAUAAAGAAAAUGGAGGUGCUGUAUUUGUUAAUAUACUAUAUAUAAUGUGUGUGUUUGUGUGGGUGUGUGUGUACACAGAUAUACAGUAUUUGGGCAUAGGGCUGUCAAAAGAAGAUGGUUGAGAUUACAAUGUUACUUACAGACUUGCAAGAAAAAUACACUUGUGGUUGUUGAUGAAUGUGCUGGGGGUGGAUAAUACAUGCCAAUUACAUAAAAAGGUGUUGCUAUUUGAAAAUGUCUUGAAUAUGUUUGUAAUCAGAUUAUAUACAUUAAAACAUAUCUUGUAUAAUAUGGAUGGAUGGAGGGAUGAAGAGUCCAUUUAUUUUGAUCUGACAAGGUCUGGUGUGUUUGAGUGCACCACUGACCAAAGGAUGGCAGUGUUUUUCAAGUGGCCUACUGGUGCUGGGCAGCCAAAUAUUGUUAAAACCCACUGAACUUAAUUUAAAUAUUUUGACUUACUUCAGUGUAGUUUUAUUCAUGUUUAUUUCAUGUAUCUACACAAAGUCUCCUCUAAAGUUAGACUUUAGGGCAACUGGCAUUAUUAAAUUAUGACUAGCCAAUGAUGCUGUUGCACAUUUGAAUAAGCAAAACCCAAAUAACACAUGUUCCAAAAACAUGAUUCACUGAAACUGAAUCUGAAUGUUGUACAAACACACUGCGUCUCCCUCCUCUAACCCUGCACAACUCUGCGGUAAACACACUCUCUGUCAAACCAGUUGGACCUGUACAUUUGAAUAGCAAAAGCUGAAAGUCCAGUAGGAUGUUGUUUCCUUUACAGGCUCUUUGCAGCUUAUGAUGUAUGACAUGUUACCAUGUUUUUCAACACAUUUAUAUUAGUAAAAAAGACUGGCAUGCCAAAUAAAAUUAUAGUAAUUUAUUG